UAAAGUCAGAUAACUGAAUGAAUAAGACAUUCAAAUACAGAUUAUACGGUAAAUCCAUUUACAAAGUGAGACUGUAAUUUCAGUAUGUCUGUAAUAUUAUCCUCCUGCUUAAUUGAUUAAUGCUCAUUUUUGACAACCUUAAUGGAUGAAGAAUCAAAUGUAACAUAUAUAACUCUAAGUGGGUAUGUAGAAGUAGAAAAAUACAGAUAUGUUUAUUUUGUGAUUAUGUUCACAGUAUAUAUUCUAAUAAUCUGCUGUAAUUCCACUAUUGUAUGCCUCAUUGUGAUUCACCGAAACCUCCAUGAGCCUAUGUACAUUUUCAUUGCAGCUUUGCUAAUCAACUCUGUUCUUUACAGCACUGCUAUCUACCCAAAGCUUUUGAUUGACUUUUUAUCAGAAAAACAGAUCAUAUCACAUUCAGUUUGUCACUUGCAAUAUUUUUCAUUUUACACUUUAGGUGGUUCAGAAUUCUUACUGUUGGCAGCCAUGGCUUAUGACAGGUAUGUGUCUAUAUGUAAACCUCUGCAAUAUCCAACUAUCAUGAGAAAAACCACUGUCAGUAUUUUCUUGGUUUUGGCUUGGCUUGUGCCUGCUUGUCAAGUCGCAGGGUCAACUACAUUGAGUGCUAACAGAAAAAUCUGUAACUUUACAUUGAAAGGAAUCUUUUGUAACAAUUCAAUUUACAAACUUCACUGUGUGAGUUCAAGAGCACUAUCUGUGUAUGGUGUGAUUGUUUUGUUGAAUAUUGUAUUUUUUCCAAUGCUCUACAUAUUUUUCACGUACACAAAGAUAUUCAUAAUAUCCUAUCGAAGUUGUAGAGAAGUCAGGACAAAAGCUGCACAGACCUGUUUACCCCACCUGUUGGUUCUAAUCAACUUUUCAUUGUUGUGUACAUAUGAUAUUAUUAUACUUAGACUGGAAUCAGAUAUUCCAAAAACUGCACGUUUAAUAAUGACUUUACAAGUGGUUUUGUAUCAUCCUCUGUUCAAUCCAAUCAUAUAUGGCCUAAAAAUGAAAGAAAUUUCUAAACACCUAAAGAGGUUGUUCUAUCAAGUAAAUCAAGUAAAAUGA